AUGGCUGAGGUGGAACAGGCCCCGACGUUGGGCUCGGAGCUCAAGGAUGGCUUUAAACCCGCAAACGCCUGGGUCGCCGGCGGGAUUGCCUGGCUCGACGACAUCCAAUCCUUCUACCGCGAACGAAGUGCGAUCGAAAAGGAGUACAGUGCCAAGCUCAAUGCCUUGGCUAAGAAGUACUUCGAAAAGAAGACGCGCAAGUCGGCAAGCUUGAGCGUCGGUGAUAGCCCGACCAUGACACCUGGCUCUCUCGAGAGUGCCUCCCUUACAACAUGGACCACCCAUCUGACGACGCUCGAAGCGCGGGCCGACGAACACGAACGCUACGGAAACGAUUUGAUUGGCAAGGUGGCAGAUCCGAUGAAGAAUAUGUCACUACGUUUCGAAGAACUGCGCAAACGCCAUGCCGAAUAUGCCGAGAAGCUUGAAAGGGAACGGGAUACAUCGUACGCGGACCUCCGGAAGACGAAGGGAAAAUACGAUGCGGUCUGCCAAGAGGUGGAGAGCAAGCGGAAGAAGACCGAGUCUUCCUUCGACAAGGCCAAGGCGCAGAGCAGCUUCCAGCAGCAGCUCCUGGACAUGAACAACGUCAAGAACACCUACCUCAUUGCGAUCAAUGUGACGAACAAGCAAAAAGAGAAAUACUACUACGAAUACCUCCCAGAGCUCAUGGAUAGCCUCCAAGAUCUUUCGGAGUUCCGGACGUUCAAGUUGAACGGCCUUUGGACACUAGCUUCGCAGCUUGAAGCCGGCAUGCUUCAGCAGAGUUCCGGGCAGAUCGACCGCCUUGGUCAAGAAAUCACACGGAACCAGCCGCACUUGGACUCGAUGAUGUAUAUCCGACACAACAUGAGCACCUUCCAGGAACCCUACGACAAGGCGUUUGAGCCGAGCCCCGUGUGGCACGAUGACGGGACCAUGGUAGUCGACGAGGCGGCCAAGGUGUAUCUGCGCAACCUACUCAACAAAUCGAAGGGUCAGUUGGGGGAACUGCGGCGUGAGGCGGAUAAGAAGAGACGAGAGGUAGAGGCGAUGAAGCGGGUAAAGCAAAAAGUGCGAGAGGGGACGGACAACAAGGACGAGGUGGCUGUCGUGUCGCAGAUCUUCUCGAUGCAAGAGGAACUGCACCAGGUUGACCGCAAGCGGCUCACGGUCGAGGUCGAGACGUCAACCAUCACGGCAGCGGUCGGCGACGUGACGCUGGGAGCCAAGAACCACAACUUCAAGUCGCAGACCUUCAAAAUCCCCACGAAUUGCGACCUCUGCGGCGAGAGGAUAUGGGGGUUGUCCGCGAAAGGUUUCGACUGUCGCGACUGUGGCUACACAUGUCACAGCAAAUGCGAGAUGAAGGUGCCCGCAGAAUGUCCUGGGGAGCAAUCUAAAGAAGAACGCAAGAAACUCAAGCAGGAGCGCCAGGAGGCCGCCAACUCGCUGCUCAAACCAACUAGCGGCCCACCAGAACAUGUGGCCGAGCUGCCCUCGAUGAGCCGCUCCGACACGGUCACCUCUGGGACAUCAGGAUAUGCAGCCAGUUCCCAGCGCUCCAUGACGGGACCCCUAUCACCCGACGACACACCGCCUGAGCUGCCCAGCGCGCCCCGCCCGACCAGCACAGCCCCGGCGCCGGCUGCUAGGAAAAACCGGGUUAUCGCACCACCCCCGACCGCCUAUGUGAGCGAGCUGCCGGGUAGUACCCCGAACGGUUCGUCGGCUCAGGGGUCAGAGCAGAAGGCUAAGAUGUUGUACGGCUUCGACGCUGGCGGUGCGGGUGAGCUGAGCGUUACUGAGGGACGGGAACUGGUGGUGUUGGAGCCGGACACUGGUUCCGGCUGGGUCAAAGUCCGAGCAGGCUAUAAGGAAGGCCUGGUCCCGGCAAGCUACGUCGAGCUGAUCGCGUCGGCGCCCGCAUCAGGGCCACCACCACCCACAGCGGCCGCAGCAGCCAUCGCGCCGCAGCACACGGGCCAGUCCACCUACUCCAACAGCGGCUCGUCGAUCAGCACGGCAGCGACCGGCGGCGGGAAAAAGAAGGGCCCCGCGGUGGCGCCGAGGCGGGGCGCAAAGAAAUUAAAGUACGUCGAGGCCCUGUAUGAGUACACGGCGCAGAGCGAUACCGAGCACAGCAUGGUGGAGGGCGAGCGGUUCGUGCUGAUCAAGGAGGACCCUGGGGACGGGUGGGCGGAGGUGGAGAAGGGGGGUGUGACCAAGAGUGUGCCGGCGAGCUAUGUGCAGGUUGUUUAG